AUGGAUUUAGAUUUCAAGUCAUCUGAACCAUUGAUCAUCACACCAACAAGUAAUAACAAUCAUCUUGAGAAACAACAUGGAGAAAAUCCUUCAAAUUCAUCUACCUCUGUCAAUUUGGACUUUCAUCGGCAUAGAUCGUUCGAUGGUAAUAAAGAUGGCACUUAUCAAAGACGAAAUAAAACGAAAUCCAAAAUGUCUGACAUAAGUCAAGAACUAGCAGAAGUUAGUCGUCGAUUAACAAAGCGUAAAAAACUACAAGCCAGAUGUUGUUUAGUGAAUGAUAUCAUGUGUGUACUCGCUUUGUCUGGCAUCGCUCUCAUGAUCUUCACCAAUGAAAUCUACUUCACAACACUUCCUCAUCAUCCAACCUCCAUCACCUGGUUCAUCAAACUCACCAUCACUCUGUCUACCAUUGCUCUCAUUUGUCUUAUUGUCUAUUAUCACUAUUUAGACAUGCUUCUUUUCUCUGUCAACAAAUCUUUGCAAUAUUGGUAUGUUGCAUUGACACGUCCACGCGUCACCCAGAUCAUUGUGGAAAUCAUCAUCUGUGCCAUUCAUCCCUUUCCUCAUCCAUUUUCUCACUAUAACUACCUACCAUCUCAGCUCACUCACGACAAGUCAACCGAUCCUGUACCAGCCAUUAUUCCUCUCUCAUUCAUUCCCAUUGAUGUUGCUCUCGGUUUGCCAAUGUUUGCUCGGUUGUACUUGUUGUGUCGUACAGUGACAUUUCAUUCGCACUUUCUUCGAGAUUCGUCGUCGCGAUCGAUCGGUUAUCUUAACAAAGUGCCGAUUAACUUCUUCUUUGUCAUGAAAGCUUACCUUGAGCAGUCACCGGGAUUCUGUUUGGGCACUAUUUGUUUUGUUAUGUUUUGCAUUGGCAGCUGGUCAUUUCGAUCAUGCAAUUACACAAGCACUCAUCAGCAUCUGUCGAUUUCCAACUCGAUGUGGUUGUUCUUCACAUUGUUCACAACUGUCGGUUAUGGUGAUCUUAUUCCGACGACAUACUGUGGACGAGGUGUGGCGACGUUAACUGCACUGAUGGGUGUGACAAUGACUGCUUUUCUCAUCACUGUUUUGUCACAGAAGCUGUUGUUGAGUCGCUGGGAAAAGUAUAUCUACAGCUUUGUGUUGAACAUAGAAUUAGCCAAAGAACAGCAGAGUGAAGCAGCGAAUCUCAUAAAGUAUGCAUGGAAAAUGUGGCGAUUGAAGAGACUGGGGAGAGACCGAUCUAUUGCAUACAUCAACAUGGAGAAGAAGUUUUUGGGAUCGAUAUCUGCUGUUCGACAGAUCAAACAAGCGCGCUCACGACUGCCAGAUAAUCUAAUCGGUUUGCCAGAGAUGAUGACUAUUCAACGUGCAACGAUUGAACAAAGCGUUCAAGUCGAUGAAAAAACAUCUGCUAACGUGUUAAAGAUGAGUGAAUUGGAAAACAUGCUGAAGGAGAUGAAGGGAACAUUGCACGCUAUUGAAAAUAAACUGAAUGCUACCUAA